UGUUGCCAACUGAUCAAAUCAUGUCUGACGACGGCCGCCGGUUCGCGUGCUUCGCUGACUGCCAUACGACAGCAUCCAUGGGUCAAUAAAAAGAUGCCUGUACAUACGGAGACGUUUGAAGCGGUACUGGAUCGAACCCUGGGGCGAGCACAAGUGCAAGAACGUUCACCGCGUACGCCAGCGGAAGAAGCUCGAGGUGCGGUCGAAGAGGAUCGGCAGCUGAACGAUGUGAUCCUGACGAUGGAGAAGAUCGCAGCUGUCGCAGCAGAAAAGCCCUCAACUCCAGAAUCAACGAAAUCAGAUGCCAUCAGCAAUUGCACGAUGGUCACCGCUGCCAGUACAAUCCAUUCCGGCGAUGAGGCUUCUACUUGUCACUUAGUUCCCCGAACCCGACUUCACUCUCGGUAUGACAACAUGUCGUCAUCGUCGCUGGCUGACUAUCUGUCUGUGACGAGUGUCGAGGCACAUUGCCACGAGCGUGCGUCGAUGCUUUCGGAUUGUGGUUCUGAGGCCACGACAGCGACCACUAACGUCUACUAUUCCACCUAUGAUAUCAACGAGGAGGAAGAAAUGGAAAGCUCGGUCUCGUCGUCGGUCUCGAAGGUGCCGGUGAAGAGCGUGUCCGCGUACAAUUUGGCCGCUCGUUCCCGAAAACGUUCGCUCGUGUUCAAGUCAUUUGACCGUGAACUGGACACCGUACACGAACACAUCACCCCCGAACACAUACCACACGUGAUGACGUCAUCGACGGAUUCAGAAGACCAGACGAUGAUCGAGGAAUCCACCGCGAACACCACGCCGAAGCACGACGUCGACAACAACAACACCACCACACUUCACUUCUCCAGACAUCGACCCCUACAGGUCGUGUCAGACAUGUCGUCGUUGGCGAUUUUUCGAGCCACUCCACGACACUCGCUGACGACCGUGGUG